AUGGCUCGCGGAUAUGAUCCGAGGUCGAGAGCCGAGGCGAAUGAGAAUCCCCGCAAUAGGUACUUUAGAGACAGUUUGGACGGUGGUGAUCCCGACUAUGUCGACGAAGAGCCGCAUGAUCCCUUUCUUUCGGGCUACGAUACAACGGCUCUGAACCUCAUGGAGCCCCUGGGGGAAGGUGAGCUCUCAGAUGAUGAGCAGGAAGAAGAGGAGUGGGACGAGCACACGUUCCGCGACGAGCAGGAAGAAAACCCAUUCAGUGACGAGGAAGAAGAGGAGUGGGACGAAGACGCGUUCCAUGACGCACCGCCCCCCGAAGUGGCUGAUCGUCUUCACGAUGUAACGAUACCCCGAACAAUCCUCAAAAAACCAUUUGUCCGGGUCCUGUUAGAUCACCCUCCGCUCUUUGAUCUGAUCCAUUACCAUGUGAGCGAUCGUGGCGUUGAUUAUUAUUUUAGCAAACGUGCUCACGAUAGGGACCAUGCCGUCUCCGAAGUCCCGUCUUCCUCUCAAGGGUCGCCGUCCCGAGACAAAUUGGUCAGGGUUGCAUCUCCCAGCAACUCAGCAGGGUCUCAUAAGAAAGGUAAGCUCCGAGAACAUUGCUCGCAGUAUUACGACCUAUUGCCGGAUGAACUCUCUCCAAUGGUACCAUCGGCACAGGAUCUCGACUUUCCGGAUUUUGACGACGGAUUCCCACCCGACGCGCACAUUCGUGCUGACGGACCUCCCAGGCCAAUUGAGGUGGAUUUCAACGACAUCGAAUGGGAUCGGGGUGCGACCAGUCCAGCUGAAUCCCCUACGCAAUCGCCCAGGACCGUCUUGCCUAAGCGUCAUCGUAAGUAA